GAUCUCAGCGUUAUCUAAUGGCAGUAGGCAUUACAUCUUUCGUUUUGUAGUUACAAUCGAAGCCACAGUCACGGAUUAAGGCACAACCAUGUUGAAGUGUUUGAACGCCUGUAUGGCAGAGCUUUGCUGCUGCCCAAAGAAGCACAUCCUAGUGAUGAUGACAUUUUUCGCCAUCCUCAACCAGUACACUAUGCGCAUUUGUCUUCAUCUCGCCAUUACAGUGAUGACCGGCGACCGUAACGACACGAUGUCGGGUGUUUCCAUAGCGGACAAAGAUUUUUUCGAUUGGGACGAACACGAGCAGGGUAUCAUCUUGUCGGCGUUCUACUGGGGCUACACCUUGUCCCAUUUUGUGACCGCCUUCAUAGCGGACCGUUACUCGAAACAUCUUCUCGGACUGAGUGUUCUGAUUACGGCUGUGCUCACGAUUCUGACACCGCUUGCGAUUGAUGUUGGUGGAAAGUGGUUACUGAUUAUGGUGCGUGUCGUAGAGGGCAUAGGGGAAGGUGCGACUUUCCCGGUGCUGAGUGCCCUCAUUGCCCACUGGAUACCGGCUUCCCAACGUGGCUUCUACGGUUCGUUCGUGUUUAGCGGCUGUCAGAUUGGAGCGUUGGUUGGUGGCAUCGGUACCGGGUACUUUAUCGAAGCGCACAACACCUGGCGUACAACGUUCUACAUCUGGGGUGCACUCGCCAUCAUUUGGUACGUGUUUUGGCUGUUCAUUGGCUUCGAAAGUCCCGAAACGCAUCCGUACAUUAGCGAACAGGAGCGUGCCGAACUGGUGGAACAGCUGGCCGAAAGCCGCAAGAGCGUACACUCGUACCCAAUUCCUUGGAACAGCAUUCUUAGGUCUUGUCCGCUGUGGGGGCUGAUAGCGGGUCAGAUCGGGCAUGAUUGGGGCACCUAUCUGAUCAUUACCGAUCUGCCAAAGUACAUGAAAAGCAUCCUGCACGUCUCGGUGAGCGAUAAUGGGCUCGUCACCUACACACCCUUUUUCAGUAUGUGGCUGUUUUCGAUUUUUGGCGGCUGGUUGUGCGACGUACAGAUCCGGAAGGAUUGUAUGUCGCGCACGAGCGCACGCAAGCUGUGGACGACAAUCGGGUCGAUACUGCCCGCCUGCUUCAUGAUGGCUGCGUCUUACACGGGUCAGGAUAAGGUCAUGGUAGUAACGUACUUUGCACUGUGCGUUACCUUUCUCGGGGGAUUCUAUCCCGGCGUAAAGGUUAACACGAACGAUCUUAGUCCAAACUUUGCCGGUGUGCUGAUGGGCAUGGUUAAUGGAAUUGGUGCCAUUACGGGCAUUGUUACUCCUUAUUUGGCUGGCCUGUUAACUCCAAAUCAAACGUUAGAAGAGUGGCGCACAGUAUUUUGGAUAGCUUUUGCUGUCCUCAACAUAAGCAACGUGAUAUUCAUCUUGUUCGCUUCGGGCGAUAUUCAACCGUGGAACUAUCCCCGGCAGCCAGCCAAUAAUUGAACGUAAAGAAUGCAACGAAAAGGAAUGCGACGAAGAAAUGGAAUGGCUUAUUUCGCUUCGUAUGCAUUGUAUUAAAAUUAACCCUGUACCGUGUACCGCAGAGUGAGUAAAAAAGCGAAUUUUAUUUUGGAACUGCA